CCAAAUUGUACAUGCAAAAGAUUAGAAAGUCCAAAACAAGACCAACAAACAACGUCAAACAGAGCUCGUAAUAAACAAAGUUGGCCACGGGGAAAGUGGUUUGCUCUCCGUAAUUGCCACCACCGUGGUAUAGCUGUGCAGUGAAUAGUGAAAAAAGGAAGGAAGAAUCGGUUGACAAAAAGCUGGAACCUAAACGUCAGCCGUACUAACAUGGAUUAUGCAAACUUCCCCAACUUGACCAGUGUUUAUUCACCCAACCGUGAGGCGUGCCUUGUAUUGAACAAAACCAAAAUUUUGAUAAACCUAUAUGAAGGCAUCCCGGAAACCUUGCUGCUGAACGUGAUUGCGUGGUUUUUCCUAAUACUGCUGUUCACACUACUCCGCCAGCAGGCCUGGGACUAUGGGCGGCUGGCGCUAGUGAACAGCCAUGGAGAGAACAAACGCUGGACGCAACUCUUCUAUGCCCACGGCAACGUGCCCGGUGGUGGUGGAGCGAUGAAUGGUUCCACCGAAACGUCAGAUACGCUCAACAGUCUCAGCAUUGAUCGUGGUUGCUUUUCAUGGAUUGUGGCCACCUUUCGGCUGACGAAAGAACAAAUACUUACGCACAGCGGCCCGGAUGCUGUACACUAUCUAUCUUUUCAGCGACAUCUCAUCGUGGUGAUGGGCAUUAUGACGGUGAUCUCGAUAGCAAUCAUACUACCGAUCAACUUUUCUGGCACACUGAGUGGUGAUAAGAACUCGUUUGGACACACAACGAUUUCAAAUCUCGAACCAGAUUCGCCGUCGAUGUGGGCACACGUCGUGUUUGCGAUCGCCUACGUCCCGAUGGUGGUGUUGAUAAUGAGGCGUGCUUCGGGCCGCAACGCUUUCAAAACGGCACCGACGCGUACAAUCAUGGCGACUAAUAUUUCCCAAGGCGACUGCAGCAAAACCAUCAUAAGAACCUACCUACAGCAACUGUUUCCGGACGUGACGAUCGAAGACAUUCAACUUGCAUACAAUAUUUCAAGCCUAAUCAAAGCGGCAGAGGAGUACGAGCGAACGGUCGAAGCUCGGAUCUACUGUGAGGCGCACCGCAACCGUGACGCGAUCCAGGCUCAACCAUCUUGCUUCAGCUGCGAGAAGGUUGACGCGUUGGAGUACUAUAAAGACCACGAGGUACAGUUGGCCGGGGAGGUAGCACGGAUGCGUGCGUCGGCGCUCAACGAGCCACUCGGAAUUGCAUUCGUCACGCUGAAUUCGGCCCACGAGGCACAACACGUAAUGCUACACUUUAAACCUGGAACGUAUCGAGAGUGGAAUCUGUCCUUCGCACCUGCACCAUCGGAUAUAUUUUGGGAAAAUCUUAACAUCGAUACCGCCCAGUGGUACUGCAAGUGGGCGACGGUUAAUUUUGCGUUGUUUUUGUUCCUCUUUUUCCUUACAACGCCCGUCAUUAUCGUGAAUCAGCUGGAUACGCUGUCGCUGACGAAAAAUACCACAACACAGAUUAGCAAGAUCAGCCCGCUGGUGUCGGAAUUUCUACCGACGCUACUGCUAUGGUCCUUGUCCGCAUUGAUGCCGGUCAUCGUUGCAUACUCGGACACGUGGUUGUCGCACUGGACUCGUUCGCGCCAAAAUUAUCUCAUCAUGACGAAAACAUUCGGCUACCUGUUGUUCAUGAUAUUGAUUUUACCGUCCCUCGGAUUGACAAGUGCCCAGGCACUGCUGCAAUGGACGAUUGAAUCAAACGACACGUACCGUUGGGAAUGCAUCUUCCUUCCGGACAAAGGUGCGUUCUUUGUGAACUAUAUCAUCACCGCUGCGUUCAUUGGUACCGCCCUCGAGCUGAUACGUUUCCCGGAUCUCAUUUGUUAUCUUUGGAAGCUGGCAACGGCCAAGUCUAGAGCUGAAACACCUUACAUCAGGAAAUCUAUCCUUAUUACGUUCCCGUUCGGUAUUCACUAUGCUUGGAUGGUGAUGGUGUUUACGACUAGCACAGUCUAUAGCCUUGCUUGCCCGCUGAUCAUGCCUUUUGCUAUGGUGUACAUCACAUUGAAACACUUUGUCGACAAGCAUAAUCUAUUUUUCGCGUUCGCACCAUCCAAUAUGAUCAGUCAAGGUAGUGGGGGUAAAAUUCACAGCACCGCCGUUACUAUGACAAAAUUUUCGGUGGUUCUGCUUUUGAUCAUCAUGGCAGCAUUGGCCGUGGUGCGCACUGGACAGGUUGAGCUUCGUGCUGUCGUACUGAUCCUUGCUCUGUGCGCCACUCUCGUAAUGUUCGCAUGCAUGUCACCGAUUAAACGGUGUACCACAAAGCCACUACGCAUCGUGGAACUGGAUGGACCGGCCCCGAUCUACGUGGCAGAUGUUUUAAUCAACAGAAGAAUGGUAUCAGAUAGCCCGUCCCAUCUCAGCUACGGUUCUGACACGACUAUGAACAUUGUGAUGAAUGAUGCCGAUGUCAGUAGUGAAUUAUCACUCAAGAUACACAAACGUGAACAGUUUUUCUGCGCUAUCAGUGAAGAAUUUCAGUGCAUACAGUAUAAUAGACACAUCAUUGACAAGAUGCCUUCUGCAAUUGGAAUCGAUCUGGGCACGACCUAUUCGUGCGUGGGAGUGUUUCAGCACGGCAAGGUGGAGAUUAUUGCCAACGACCAGGGCAACAGAACCACACCGAGCUAUGUUGCGUUUUCGGACACGGAGCGCCUCAUCGGUGACGCGGCCAAGAACCAGGUGGCCAUGAACCCCACAAACACAGUGUUUGAUGCCAAGCGACUGAUCGGACGCCGGUAUGACGACCCUAAGAUUCAGGCCGAUAUCAAGCACUGGCCGUUCAAGGUGGUCAACGACUGCGGCAAGCCGAAGAUUCAGGUGGAAUUCAAAGGAGAGCGCAAGACGUUUGCACCAGAGGAAGUCAGCUCGAUGGUGCUGACGAAAAUGAAGGAAACGGCCGAAGCAUACCUGGGACACUCUGUGAAGAAUGCGGUCAUCACGGUUCCAGCGUACUUCAAUGACAGCCAGCGACAGGCCACGAAGGAUGCCGGUGCGAUCGCGGGCCUAAAUGUGAUGCGAAUCAUCAACGAACCGACGGCGGCCGCAUUGGCUUACGGUUUGGACAAGAACCUGAAGGGCGAGCGCAACGUGUUGAUAUUCGAUCUCGGCGGAGGAACGUUCGACGUGUCCAUUUUGACGAUCGACGAGGGCUCUCUGUUCGAGGUACGAGCCACUGCCGGUGACACACAUCUGGGAGGCGAAGAUUUCGACAACCGAAUGGUGGGCCAUUUCGUGGAGGAGUUCAAACGCAAGUUCAAGAAGGACGUGUCCAAGAACGCCAGAGCACUGCGACGCUUGAGGACGGCAUGCGAGCGAGCGAAGCGGACGCUUUCGUCCAGCACGGAGGCCACGAUCGAGAUCGAUGCCCUCAUGGACGGAAUCGACUACUACACAAAGAUCAGCCGAGCACGAUUCGAGGAGCUGUGCUCGGAUCUGUUCCGCUCGACACUGCAACCGGUGGAGAAGGCCCUGUCGGAUGCAAAGAUGGACAAGAGCUCCAUUCACGACAUCGUGCUGGUAGGUGGAUCGACCCGCAUCCCGAAGGUGCAGUCGCUGUUGCAGAACUUCUUCUGCGGCAAAUCGCUGAACCUGUCGAUCAACCCGGAUGAGGCGGUAGCAUACGGUGCGGCCGUCCAGGCGGCUAUUCUUAGUGGAGACAAGGACGAAAAGAUCCAAGAUGUAUUGUUGGUCGAUGUGGCUCCGUUGUCGCUCGGAAUCGAAACGGCCGGCGGAGUGAUGACGAAGCUGAUCGAGCGAAAUUCGCGCAUUCCGUGCAAACAGACGCAGACCUUCUCGACCUACGCGGACAACCAGCCGGGAGUGUCGAUUCAGGUGUUUGAGGGCGAGAGAGCCAUGACAAAGGACAACAAUCUGCUGGGCCAGUUUGACCUAUCAGGCAUUCCGCCGGCACCGCGCGGUGUGCCAAAGAUUGAGGUAACCUUUGAUCUGGACGCCAACGGUAUUCUGAACGUAUCGGCGAAGGAAAUGAGCACCGGCAAGGAGAAAAACAUCACGAUCAAGAACGACAAGGGCCGCUUGUCGCAGGCGGAUAUCGAUCGCAUGCUGGCCGAGGCGGAGAAAUUCCGAGAGGAGGAUGAAAAGCAACGGGAGCGAGUCGCGGCUCGCAAUCAGCUCGAGGCGUACUGUUUCAGUCUCAAGCAAACGCUAGAAUCAGCCGGCUCGAAACUGAGCGAAGGCGAUCGCAAAACUAUCGAGGAACGGUGCAACGAGACACUGCGCUGGAUCGACGGCAACAGUAUGGCAGAGAAGGAAGAGUACGAUCACAAAAUGCAGGAGCUGACGCGGGCUUGCAGUCCGAUCAUGACGAAGUUGCAUCAGCAAUCGGGAGCCGGUCCAUCCCCGACUAGCUGUGGCCAGCAGGCUGGCGGGUUCGGCGGACGCACGGGUCCCACGGUAGAGGAGGUGGACUAAGAUGAUGAAGAAGACAGAAUUAGAUUAGAUGACAGUAUUGCAAAGCGGCCAUUAUCGUAGGCGGAGACUGGCCCCACUCAAAAGAAGACUGUGUAAAUAUUGUGUAAAUAUGUGUAAGUUAGACAAAUAGAGAAUAAUAACAUAAUGUAAUUUAUUGUAUCAGCAAGUUCCUAGUUAAAUAAAAAGAAAAUUGAAACUAGA